GAUAAUCGGGAACGUUAAUGGAAUGUUGGCCCUUAUUUCAAGGGGUUUGGAGGUCACCACGCCAGGCCGGGAGGCUGCUACACCAGGCCAGGAGGUCACCACGCCAGGCCGGGAGGCUGCUACACCAGGCCAGAAGGUCACCAUGCCAGGCUGGGAGGCUGCUACACCAGGCCAGGAGGUCACCACGCCAGGCCGGGAGGCUGCUACACCAGGCCAGGAGGUCACCACGCCAGGCCGAGAGGCUGCUACACCAGCGCAGGAGGUCACCACGCCAGGCCGGGAGGCUGUUACACCCGCACAAGAGGUCACCACGCCAGGCCGGGAGGCUGUUACACCAGGCCAGGAGGUCACCAUGCCAGACCAGGAGGCUGCUACACCAGGCCAAGAGGUCACCAUGCCAGGCAAGGAGGCUGUUACACCAGGCCAGGAGGUCACCAUGCCAGGCAAGGAGGCUGUUACACCAGGCCAGGAGGUCACCAUGCCAGACCAGGAGGCUGCUACACCAGGCCAAGAGGUCACCAUGCCAGGCAAGGAGGCUGUUACACCAGGCCAGGAGGUCACCAUGCCAGACCAGGAGGCUGCUACACCAGGCCAAGAGGUCACCAUGCCAGGCAAGGAGGCUGUUACACCAGGCCAGGAGGUCACCAUGCCAGACCAGGAGGCUGCUACACCAGGCCAAGAGGUCACCAUGCCAGGCAAGGAGGCUGUUACACCAGGCCAGGAGGUCACCAUGCCAGACCAGGAGGCUGCUACACCAGGCCAAGAGGUCACCAUGCCAGGCAAGGAGGCUGUUACACCAGGCCAGGAGGUCACCAUGCCAGACCAGGAGGCUGCUACACCAGGCCAAGAGGUCACCAUGCCAGGCAAGGAGGCUGUUACACCAGGCCAGGAGGUCACCAUGCCAGACCAGGAGGCUGCUACACCAGGCCAAGAGGUCACCAUGCCAGGCAAGGAGGCUGUUACACCAGGCCAGGAGGUCACCAUGCCAGACCAGGAGGCUGCUACACCAGGCCAAGAGGUCACCAUGCCAGGCAAGGAGGCUGUUACACCAGGCCAGGAGGUCACCAUGCCAGACCAGAAACCCUGGAAAUCCAUCCCAUUGCUCAAAUUAUUCCUUGUUAUGUGCUUUAGUUUACAACAAUACAAGAGGAAGCAGCAUCAAAAACAGUGCCAGAGGUUUGCUGUCAUUUUGAAUGAACACCAUAUGAAGGAUACUUGAUGUCCAGUAGAGCCUAUUGGUCGAUUGUUCCUUUGCUGUUGUACACAAACAUGCUACUCAGCAGAACUGCGAGUGCGAAAAUCUUAUUAUCAUUGCUUUCAU